AUGUUCAAUAAAGUCUUCGUCAUUGCCCUCGUCGCCGCCAGCACAGUCGCGGCGAUGGACUUGCAACAUCUGGUCGCCCGCCAGGGAACGUCUACGACGACUUCUACUUCCACUACGACUUCCACGUCGUCGUCUACCACAUCAUCUUCUACAGCAACGACUACGGCUACUUCAACCACAACAGGUUCUACCACCGCUAGCUCUUCCUCUGGGACAUCAAGCGGCGCCUCGUCGACAACGUCAUCUUCUCCCCCAGCAGGGACUGGCGCUCCAAUACACCCUAACCGCAAUGGUAGCAAGUGCAUGGAUGUUCGGGGCGGAACGCUCGCCAACGGUACACCAGUUCAAAUAUAUGACUGCAAUGGAACUGCAGCACAGAAAUGGGUUACCAAGAAAGGACAGACGAAGGUGCAACUAGCGGGCACCAACUUUUGCCUCGACGCCGGCAGCAACCCGGGCAAUAGCAUCCGUAUGAAAAUUUGGACUUGCUACGACAACCUUCCUGCUCAGGAGUGGUACUACACCGACGACAAUCGCAUCGCUCUCUUUAAUAAGGGACUUUGCCUUGAUCUGACGGAUGGGAGAUUGAACAACGCGAACCAGUUGCAAACAUGGAAGUGCACCGACUUCAACACCAACCAGAUUUGGACCUCUUGA